AUGAAGUCCUUCGCCAUCCUCGCUACCUUUGCCGGUGUCGCUGUCGGUCAGCUGAGCUCCUGCGCUCAAACCUGUGUCAACAACAUGGACAGCAUCGCUACUUCCGAGUUCGGCUGUGCUUCCGGAGACACCUCCUGCCAGUGCGGUACUGCCAACUGGGCCUACGGUGUCCGUGACUGCGCCCAGGAAGCCUGCUCUGGUGCUGAGGCUUCCGCUGCCGUUGCCUACGCUGCCAGCCAGUGCGCCAACGUCGCUGUUUCCGCCUCCGUCACCCCCACUGGCCUUGUCAUCCUGACAUCGGCUCUUGCCAGCGCCACUGCCAGCGCAGGUGCCGAUGCUUCCAGCGUCGUCUCGAGCGUCGGUGCCGAUGCCUCCAGCAUUGUCUCCAGCGCCGCCAGCGAGGCCUCAAGUGUUGCCGCAUCCAUCAGCUCCCAGCUGGCCUCCCUCAGCGGUGCGCUUUCGUCUGUGGUUGAGUCUGCCUCGUCUGUUGCUGCGUCUGCUGAGUCGUCUGCUGCAUCUGCCAUGUCCUCCGUCGCCGCCUCUGCCAGUGGUGCUGCUGCCUCUGCCACCAGCCGUGUCGCCUCUGCCGCCUCAUCUGCUGCUUCCGCUGCUGCCUCUGCGACUUCCUCCGCUGGUUUCGCCCCCAAGAUGACUGGUCUCCCCGUCCUCGCCGGUGCCGGUUUCGCCGCAUGGCUCCUCAUCUAA